UUUGCUGCGGUUGAUUGUUGCGACGGACCAGUUCACUGGUUUAGUUUCAUAUUGAGUUGGACAGCAAGGCAUUGGUAGACAACCAUCUGGUUAUUAGUGUUUCUUAGAGAGCAAAUGUAACGUGCUAACAAACAGGUGAUAAUCGUCCCGUGUAAACACGACAUAGAAGACGGGAGAGUACAUUUUCAAUCUUCUCCACCUCCUAGACGGGGACCAAACAGUGGUGCAAAUGGAUAAUGGAGACUGGGGACAUAUGAUGACGGAUCCAGUCACUCUGAAUGUGGGUGGCCAUUUGUACACCACUUCUUUGUCUACCCUGCAGCGGUACCCAGACUCCAUGCUGGGUGCCAUGUUCCGUGGCGAUUUCCCUUCAGCACGGGAUGCUCAGGGAAACUAUUUCAUCGACCGCGACGGGCCGCUCUUCCGCUACAUUUUGAAUUUCCUGCGAACUUCAGAGCUGACCCUCCCUUACGAUUUUAAGGAGACUGACCUUCUCCGCAAGGAGGCAGACUUCUACCAGAUCGAGCCCUUGAUUCAGUGCCUGAAUGACACCAAGCCACUCUACCCACUGGACACCUUUGAACAGGUGGUGGAGCUGUCCAGCACCCGCAAGCUCUCCAAGUACUCCAACCCUGUAGCUGUCAUCAUCACCCAGCUCACCAUCACCACCAAGGUACACUCCUUGUUAGAGGGCAUCUCCAACAACUUCACCAAGUGGAACAAGCACAUGAUGGAUACCAGGGACUUCCAGGUCUCCUUUACCUUUGGACCUUGCGACUACCACCAAGAGGUGUCACUCAGGGUUCACCUGGUGGAGUACAUAACCAAGCAGGGCUUCACCAUCCGGAACACAAGAGUGCACCACAUGAGUGAGCGUGCCAAUGAGAACACAGUGGAGCAUCACUGGACUUUCUGUAGACUCGCACGAAAAACUGAGGACUAACAGACCAUCAUGAGUGUUGUUAUUGUUUUCAUCAUGAUAAUUUGAGGGGAAAAAAACAGAUCCAAAUGCCUGGUGUACAUGUUACGAUUCUUGAAAGUUGCAAGUGAUUGUACUGUGAGUGAACCUGACGCACAUUGCAAAGGGGCUGGGCAGUUGCCUGUUUUGAACAAGUUUUAAAAUUAGUGAAUUGUAUCACUCAUCCAUGACUCUGCAACAAUUUUUGAACAAUUUUGGUGCCCCUCCCUGGUCACUGACGCCAAUGUAUUAAGGUUCUAAAGCACUUGCUCCCAUAUAA